AUGCUAGUUAAUAUAUCCAAAGCUCCGUUGAAGCCAUACCAGAUGUUAGAGAUACUCAAAGAGUUUGCGACAUCGCGCCUGCAGUAUGAACUAGUUCUCGGCAGUGCGCACAGGAACACUCUGAAAGCGCUUGACGUGGCGGCUCGCCACGCAGUGAGAGCAUGGUUACGGUUGCCCAAGGAUACCCCCUUGGGUCUCUUCUACGCGAAGGUGAAAGACGGGGGGUUGGGACUAACGUCGUUCGCGACAACAAUCCCGCUCCUUCAGACCCUUGGACCAACCUUGGUUCACGGGAAGUUGGGAGAACUGUCCACGGACUGCCGAAGGCCUUUGAAGAACGGAUGA